AUGGUGUUUUCAAAAUUAAUAAGACAAAUAACAAAACAAUUGUUGCCAAUAAAUACCCGGACUGUCAAUAUAUCUGUCGGUGCGGUUCGUAUGGCGGCUACAAGUUAUCAAUCGUUUUCGUCAUCACAACACGUAUACCGCAUGUCGUUAAACACGUGUCAAUCAUUGUACGAUAGGAAACAUAUAGAUGACUACUAUAGCGAUGCAGAAGAAGACUACCAACAAAAAAAUCGCAACAAAUGGUAUAUCCGUUUUGCGCCCGAAACGGGUGUUAAAGUAAAUGUCGAGUACGUGGACACCAAUCCUGAUGCUGCUGCAGAUUGUCCGACAAUUGUGGUAAUGCAUGGGUUUCCGGGCAGUUAUCGAGACUUUGACCGCUUAAUCAAACAUUUCGGUGGCGACGAUGACAACGGAAAACAAAACGUAAGACUAAUUGUACCGAAUUUUCCAAACUUUGAAGACACGGAUCGUUUGAAUUAUUUUUGGCACUCAAGUGAAGAGCGGUCACAGUAUCUGAAAGACUUACUGAGACAACUGAAUGUCCGACAAAUUGAUUGUCUUGUUUGUCAUUCGGCUUCGGUAUCGACCGCAGCAUAUUUCUGGUCAUCAAUUACUGAACCGAUAGAUUCCUUGAAAAUCAAUAGUGUCUGCCUAUUGGCAACACCGGGACCCAAAGUAGCCACAAAGUUAGGCCAUGUGUUUACCGGAACUGUGACUAAUCUGAUGCGCGUUCCGUCCAUUCGUCGAUUUUUUCGUAGUCGAUGGUCGGCUUCGUUACCGACUUCCGUACGCCGAUUGUUACCUUACAUUGGAGUUAGCAGUAAAUUGGAUUUUGACGAUUUUGCAUUAUUGAUGACAGUCUACUACUUAUUUGAUACCGAGGGAACAGUUGUCCAACGAAUCAGACAUUUAGCUGAUAAACAAAUACCGACAGUCGCUGUCUUUGGUUUAGCCGAUCGGUAUCACAAAAAAGAAAUCUAUGACAAUAUAUUGGAUAUAUUGGGCGCCACUGAAGAUAACAUUGUCGUAUAUGAUAGCGAUGACGACAACAACAAAGAUACAGUAACUAUACGUCCAAUUGGUGACAAUGAUGAUCAUCGAUGGCUACGAGUGAUUAAAAUUAAAGGCGCCGGUCAUUACCCGUUUAAUACACACCACAAACUGAUCCAUCAAUUUAUUGAACAAUUGAUUGCUAAAUAA